AUGAGCAAAAUCACCGAACUUCAUCAGUGGGCCGUGGGAUGUGGGCCGUGGCUUCUAACGUCAACGUGGGCCAAUCCGAUGGGCGAGUUUCUUCAAGGCGGGAACAUUCACCGCCAUUUUUUCCCUCAAUAUUUUGCCCAUUUCUUUUACAAAUCAAGGGGUUUUCCAAGUUUCUGUGGUGGAACUGUUGAUCAAUUUCUGUUGAAUCAAAGAAAAAGUAAAUGGAUACGUCAAACCCGUCUGUUUUCGUUAACGCGGAGCUACUACGGAUGUCAUCCUCCUGGACCUCUUUCGACAUUUGUCGAGGUAAUUGGCAUCGCUGACAGUAACCAAUCUAUUCAGGCUGAAAUAUGGACCAACUUCGGUGACAAUCUAGAUACAGCUAGCUACAAUCAAGUUUGCCAACUUGCCAAUGGGGAUUACAAACAUCUCUUUAUUUGA